ACCUUCAAAACUUUACACACUUAAAGGUGAUAACAAAACUGGAAAUCUGGUGUGAAACAACACAUGUUUCCAUUCUGUUGGAAAAUUCCUGUGCCUACUAUAUAAGCUCAGCAACGUUUGCAUUCGCUUCACUUACAAUUACAGUCGUCAACUGAAAGUAAGUUAUUCCAAAAAUGUUUAAGGAAAUUUUGCUCUUGUCUCUGGUAGCUUUUGCUGCUUGUGGUCUUCUCGGAGGAUGGGAAACUGCCGACGUUGAUGACUCUGACGUAAAAGUAGCUGCUGGUCAUGCUGCUGAAGCUCUGUCCAAGCAAUUUGCAUCCAAAUACCACCACAGACUCGUCAAGGUUCUCAAGGCAAAGAAACAGGUUGUUGCUGGAUUGAACUUCAGACUCGAUGUUGUAGUUGGCUUGACAACCUGCCAGAAGAGCGAAAUGUCUCAUGAAGAAGCUGGAGAUUGUGAACUUCAAGACACCGUCAGCACCUACAAGAAAUGCACUGUUAUUGUAAACCGAGACUUGAAGGACAACCACAAAAUGGUCACCUCCGGAUGCAUCCUUAUUUCACGCGAUGAAGUUUAAAUGCACAAUCUGAGAUAUAUAUUUUAUUUUUAUAGCUAAAUCAAUAUCUGCUUGUUUAGAAACACCAAAGGAACAUUUAUUUUAAACUUGUUUCUUAUGUUUUCAAAAUAAAAUAUUUCUCAUAACGUA